GCAGCCGAGUGUUUUCUUGAUGCAGUUCACAUGUCCGACAUUUAGAUGCUCAGAGAUAAUAACACCAAUUGUUCGUAACUGGUUGAACAGUGUCCACUUUGCUUGGUUUAGCAUGCUGGCUGCGAACAAAUUGAUGCGUUUGUUAGCAGCCCAUUGCUAAGGCUUGAGUGUGCAGUGUUGUGGUUUUCGUGUGAGAAUGGGUGAAAAACGUGUGAAAGAAGAGUACGAAGAGGAACUUCGUCGAACGAACGAGCGACGUCACCUACUGGACGCUGUUUUUCAAAAGCCUCGAAUUAUGCUACACACAGCAGAUGUCAGUAAAGAAGAUCUUCAUCCUGAGAAGCAGAAGUGGUGGUCCAGGGUGAGGAAGCAGCUGCCAGAGCCCCCCCACGUUAAAGAGGAAGAGGAGGAGACCCAUAUCACCAUGCCUGCAUUUAAUCGUGUCAUUGUGAAGAGUGAAGAUGACGACGAUGAAGAAGGUGAUGGAGACCACUGUGAUGGAUCCCAAGCAGACAGCCUCUUGGCUCCAUCAUCAGAUAGUGAAGACAGAAUGUCACACUCUCGUGACACUGAUGAUGAUGAUGAACACCCUAAAGGUGAUAUGACAUGUCACAUGGACAACAAACACUUGAAAUGCUCUCAGUGUGGGAAAACAUUUGGUAACAAGAAAAUACUGAAAAGACACAUGAUGACACACACCGGAGAGAAACCUUUUGCCUGCUCAUUUUGCAGUAAAACAUUUUCUCAGAAGGGAAACUUGAGAACACACAUGAGAACACACACUGGAGAGAAACCCUUUUCCUGCUCAGUCUGUGACAAACGUUUUAGUGAUGGCUCCGCAUUGAUUCAACACCAGAAAACACACACUGGGGAGAAACAAUUCAUUUGCUCACUUUGUGGUAAAGGUUUCGCCCAGAAGGGAAAUUUUACUACACACACAAGAACACACACUGGAGAAAAACCUUUUUCUUGUUCAGUCUGCAGCACCUGUUUUAACGACAGUUCAGCAAUGGCGCGACACAUGAGAACACACACUGGAGAGAAACCUUUUUCCUGCUUAUUCUGUGGUAAAAGGUUCUCCCUAAAGGGGAAUUUUGUAGCACACACAAGAACACACACAGGAGAAAAACCAUAUUCCUGUUCAAUCUGCCAAACAGGUUUUAGAGUUCGUUCAGGUUUGGUUCAGCACAUGAAAAAACAUGCUAGUGUUCGUGCUUAGCUGCCGUAAGCGUGUGUGAUUUAAAACUAGCAGGUGUCUCAUUUCUGACUGCUAUUUGCUGAGUUGAAGAAUUGUUUGUUUUUCAUAGACCCUCUGCUGUGGCAGUGUUUUCCAACCUUCAUUGAUCCAAGGCACAUUAUAUAUUAUUAUUAUAAAAUCGCCCAGCACACAACCAAUCAAAGAUGUUUUUUAAAAGUAUAAAUACUGAAAUAAUGAGGAUGUCGUUCAAUAAACUUACAAAUGUACUUGUACUGUUUAGUGGAACACAAAUCUAUUAUUUUGCUGUAUGAUUGGCAACUGAUGGGCACGUUAAUUAUGCCUUCUGCCAUCUUGUAUAAGGGCAUUUAAUUUUUCUGCCUGUCACUCCGUAAAGGUUGCUGGCAUAGAUAGAUGAACAAUUAUACAUCAUUUGUAGUAAGUGAAUAAUUUUCAGACCAAUUUGUUUACCGGAAGAUCUCGCAGUCUCACAACACAAUAAUGUGCCAACAAUCGUUGGCCUUCCCUGUGCUAUGAUAUGCUUUUUUGUCAUUGUAGUUGUUUUGUAUACAUACAUACAUUAUUGCAUUUAUUUCUUUUUUUAAACUCUGCAGUGCUGGACUUGUCAUUAAGAAAGAAAAACAAAUCAGCUGUCACAAUGAUAUGGCCAAUAGAGUUAGUGGAGAGUAACAAUGUGUCAUGUUGACUACUUUACAAAGUCUACAAUGUAGAUGUCAAUUCAAACCAAAGGUUUUCUGAGACUGUCUGGAUCUAGUCAAAUUUUUACUUCUUCCUACACCUUUUCAGAACGGCAGUCAUGGUGUUUCAGUACAGGAUAUUUAUACCAGGAUGACAAAAUUCAUUUUGACUUUUCUACUAAGAACAUUUCAGAGUCUACUUUUUUACAGGAGUUGAAUCAGUCCUUCUACUUUCACCAGUCUUGUUUUUAAGACAAGUAUCUGUACUUCUAAAAGUACAGACUACAGUCUAACUACUUUUGCCACCUAUUUUGCACAUACCUUUCAUGCCAUUAUUUCUGUCGUCUUUGUUGCUUUGUCACUGAAUAAUUUUGCACACAUCUGUUGUUGAUCAG